GGGGAGUCGCGAGCUCUGCGGGCAGCUACAUGGUGCUGAAUUUUUCAAGAUGUCGUCGCUGGAACAGAGGUUGUCGCGAAUCGAAGAGAAGCUAAAGCAAGAAAAUGAAGAAGCUCGGCGGAGAAUUGACCUCAACAUUGACAUGAGUCCGCAGCGGCCACGUCCGAGGCCUAUCAUCGUGAUCCAGCUCAGUCCUGCUCCAGCCCCCUCCCAGCGUGCAGCUCUCCAGCUGCCCCUGGUCAACGAUGGAGGCAGCCGCUCAUCAUCCUCAGAGAGCUCGCCUCAGCACCACCCUUACCCCAGCCGCCCGCGACACAUGCUCACCCUGCCCACGCCUCCCUAUAGCCUACAGAAGAGCCUGGAGAAUGUGGAGAUUGACCAGAAACUGCAGGAGAUCAUGAGGCAGACAGGUUACCUGAAGAUCGACGGACAGCGGUAUCCAGCAGAAGUAACUGACCUCAUCAGUGAGGGAGAGAUCGGCAGCGGGACGUGUGGACAGGUCUUCAAAGUCCGGUUCAAGAAGACGGGCCACGUCAUCGCAGUCAAGCAAAUGCGUCGUACGGGAAACAAGGAUGAAAACAAGCGGAUCCUCAUGGACCUGGAUGUGGUGCUGAAGAGUCACGACUGCCCUUACAUCAUUCAGUGCUACGGCGCCAUAGUUACCAACACGGAUGUUUUCAUUGCGAUGGAGCUGAUGGGAACCUGUGCAGAAAAGCUGAAAAAGAGAAUCCAAGGCCCAAUCCCAGAGCGAAUCCUGGGAAAGAUGACUGUGGCAAUAGUGAAGGCGUUGUUGUAUCUGAAGGAGAAACACGGCGUCAUCCACCGCGACGUCAAACCGUCAAACAUCCUUAUCGACGCCAAGGGUCAGAUCAAACUGUGCGACUUUGGCAUCAGCGGUCGUCUCGUGGAUUCAAAGGCGAAGACUCGCAGUGCCGGCUGUGCUGCCUACAUGGCGCCUGAAAGAAUAGACCCUCCAGACCCCACCAAACCUGAUUAUGAUAUUCGAGCAGAUGUGUGGAGUCUUGGCAUUUCUCUGGUGGAACUAGCCACAGGACAGUUUCCCUACAAGAACUGCAAGACGGACUUUGAGGUUCUGACCAAAGUGCUGCAGGAAGAUCCUCCUGUGUUGCCUCUAAGCAUGGGUUUCUCUCUCGACUUCCAGUCCUUUGUCAAAGACUGCCUCACAAAGGAUCACAGAAAAAGGCCAAAAUACCAUCAGCUGUUGGAGCACAGUUUCAUCCGGCGCUACGAGGUUCUGGAGGUGGACGUGGCCGGCUGGUUUCAGGCGGUGAUGGAGCGCACCGAGUCGCCUCGCAGCAGCCAGUGCUACAGCCAUCAACACAUGCUCCACUCGCUGCUCAGCAGGUAGCCUGACCCGGCCUCCACUCGGCCCGAAAGCCAGACCGGACCAGCCGAGCUUUAGCUUCAGCCCAGGCUCGGUCUGAUCUAGUCUCGCUGUUCGCAUCGACGAACCCAUCCUGCCUGUCCACCAACCAGAGGACUCAUGAUGAACAGAUGGAGCGAUGGACAGAGGUGUGCUAAUGGAUGGAUGGAUAGCUUACUUUAAUAUUUAGUCGCGUGUAAAAUUGGGACUGGAAGAGGGAUCAGAAAACGAUGCACACUUUAGCUAGCUUCGUUCAUUCAGACAAGACGAUCUCCUCUUAUCACACGCACACAAACUGUCUCCUGUACUUCCUCCAGGUUUUUGUCCUUCUGUUUGUCGGUUUCCAGCAUCGAUCAAUCAGCAGCGUAGUCACUACACACUGGAGUAAAACGUUAACAAAACUAACGCUGCGUUAGCAAGGAGAGGAAAACUGUGCAAUUCUGAACCUUCGGGUGUUUUUACUGUCGUACGUUCUCAGGCGUAGAGUAGAUUCUCCAUAAGAAUGAACAAAUAUUUCAUAACCACCGUCACACUACAGUGCUAACACCCACAGAAAGGGAUUUUCUUUCUUCGUGUUUUUAUGUUUGUAGCAACUCUAGGCGACAUUAAUUUACCCACAAAGUAUAACGGAAGACAAGUUAUUUUAAUUAGAAGAUGCACAUUUGGAAAAACAAAAAAGUUCCUAAAAAAAUUAGUGUUGCAUCGUAGGUUUUUAGACAUGUUUGUCUCUUGUUUUUGCGUUUAUCGGAAUGUUUUAUGAAGAGCCUAACAAGAGGAGAGCUUAGUUGGAAAGCAAAUCGGUGGAGAGCAACUAGAAGAUUUAUUUAAGGGGAGUUGGAUUGAAAAUGGAAAGUUAGGCAAGGAGUUGGCAGAUGUUUUGUAGAUGGAGCGUCCUAUUCCAAACAUCAGUCUGUUUGACUACCUCUUCCUCUUUGUCCGCUGUUCAGUCUGCCUCAGCUCUUGAGCAAGGCAGCACCGUUUCCAGACCAAAGGCUGCGUGCGGUUUGAUGUUCAGGAUGGAGCAGAAAGCUUCAGAUGUGACGAUUAUGGCGUUUAUCGAGCCUCUGGGAGAGACUGUCAACAUAAAACCUUUGUUUGCUAAUUAACUCCAUAAAUGACUUGAGUAAUGAAAAAUGUUUAUUUGGAGCUAAAAUUUGAUUGUGCUGAAUUUUAAUUCUUUUUCAUUCGCAAAAUGAGUAAAAAUUCUGAAUGAACCGCAGACGUGCUAAUUUUCAAAAUAAGCUCCUUUUUGCUUCCUCUAACUUCAUUUGUUUUAAACAUAAAUAAUAUCCAUACAUUUAAAGAAAGGGUGAUUUUUAAAAAUGUAUAUAUAAUCCAGGUUUCUCACUGGUCAGUCGAGAUGAGAAAGGUGACCGAUUCAUUUCUAAAAACUACUGAAGUGUUUGACGUUGACGUCUCCGACCCGGAGGAUCGUUUGUGUGAAAACAGAUGUUGGUCCAGCAGAACCGUUCAGAGCACAUCUGCCACGGCCAAAGCCUUGUAGACGUAGAGCCCGGCUUUUUUUUUCACUCCCACCGAACCAAAUCACAGCUGGAGGCAGAACCGAGGAGCGGCGGCGGCGGCGGACCGGAGGAUGUUUAAUGCUGGCGAGACACAGGAAUGUUGUUGAGAAGAGCAGAAAAGAUGAGAGGAGAUCAAAAGGACAGGAAUAUGAGGAGAGAAAUGAGGGCUGAGGCGAGAAGGAAGCUGGAGAGUGUGAAGAAAGUGUGACGACGAGAUAAAGAAAAGUUGCAGGAAGGAUGCAGGUGAGACGGAGACUAGCUGGUUUCUGUAAAGAGCUUUCCUGGUGUUGCACCAACUUACCAAUUAUGAGUUUAGUUAGUUAGUGUGGCGUUUGCUGUUCUUUUCUGUCAAACGGCAUUAUUUAUUGACGUGUUUCUACUGCUGCUACCUUUGAUUGCUUUAGACGCUGCUGUCGCUUCUUUUCCCCAAAGUCCAAAAAAACUUUAAUCGUUUGUUAUUUUUUCUUGUUUAAAGCCAAAUAAACAAUCAUGCAACGUCUGCAUGUCUUACCAAAUACGAAAACACCAAGUCUGAGGAGAGCAAAGUUAAGUGGGAGAUGGCGAAAGGGAAGUGCUGAAAAAGAACUAACACACAGCGUAAACGCACGCCUCACCUCAAACUAAGUAGGAAGUGUUUUUGAAUAACCACACCGCACUACAGCUCUGUACAGUGUACAUACAGCUUUCAGUCCAGUCCAUCCAUCCGUCCAUCCCUCCGUCUGUCCACACCAAAGGCCACCACAACUCGACUAACGUGCAAGAGCAAAGCUGACAUGACUGCGUUUGUGAGGAACAUUUGUAACGCCGAGCUGUGAUACGCGGGAACUCUGUAACUCGUGGGAAAGACUGUGUGUGUGUGUGUGAGGGGGAUGCUGUAUCAUAGCGGUGCUGUGUGUAUGUGUGCGCGCAGAGGGAGACUGGUGCACGACCAGCAGGGGGCAGACACGCUCUACCAUCUGAACAGAACAAGAAACACACACAUAAGAAAAAAACCCUGAAUAGGAAAAUAGAAAUGGAUUUUAUUAAUUAGCGACAGUAAUGUUGGUGUAGCAAUAUAUUCACUGCACUGGACAACAUGCUGGGUUGAUGAGAACAAGAAAAGGUUAAAGCAAUACUUUUGGGAAAGAAAGAUUUCCCACAAUAUUAGCUUAAAAAUUUAAAGCUUUGUUGUUUUUUUGUUUGUUUUAGUAACUUCUGCUCAGUGUAGAGUGUCAAACUGAUUCUUAUGUCCAUUUUCUGACUAAAUAUUGAUGAAACCCAAUAUUAUAACAAACUGUAAUAAUAUUAAUAAACAACUAACUCUGCAUUCGAUAAGUACCUCUUAGAAUUAAAUAAUAUUAAACAUCUUUUCACAUUGACGUAAAUAUAUAGAUGCAGUAUAUAGAUGAAAUCUGCUUUGAUUUAUAUUUAUGUAGCCCUUUGGAGUGUAGAGGGCGGGCAGGAUUUGGCCCCCGGGCCUCGAGUUUGAUGCAUGUGGCCUCAAAUUUUUUAUUUAUUUAUUUAUGUUUUUUUUCCCCUCCAGGGGGUCUUUUUGUGGGCUCUAGUGUACCUUAUAUGACAGUAGGCUGACAGGAAAGGGGGGAAGACAUGCAGUAAAUGUCGGCCGGGUCCGGGAAUCGAACCCACGACGGCCGUGUCGAGGACUGAAGGCCUCUUAAUGUGGGUUGCACUAUCCCCUGUGCCACCACAGCACGCCCCAGGGCCUCAAAUUUUAAUCAUGUUUUUUUUCUUUCUUAAAAAAAUUACACAUGACGGUGAAUAUUUUUCAAUCAUCCCUUCUGGGAACCGACCUGAAUUCAAAGUCUAGCUAAAAAACUACAAACAUAUUUACAUAUAGAAGUUGUUGGGGGGUUUUUUUAUCUUAAAUGCAAAUGUAAAUAUUUCAUUGUACAGUUUUGGCUUAAUUACUUUUACCAUUCUUAACGAUUAACCAAUUACUAAAGUAGUAGACAAAUAUUUCAAUAAUCGAUUCGCCACGGUUAGAUUAAUCGUUUCAACCUUAAUGCAGAUUGUUUUGAAACUAGUUCAGGAACUGGAAAGCGUCUCACAUAUGAUUUUAAUUUUUUAAUGAAAACACUGUAUUUGUGAAAUUGUUUUUCUAAUUGGAAAUGCAGUUAGACUACAAUUUUUCCAAAAUGCUCCAUAUAUAUAACCACUCUCAAAUAUAAGCUUUGAUAUCUGCGUUUCCACUGAAUAUAUAAUUACACAGUUUGACAAAUUCAAAAUAAAUUUGCUUAAUGGAAACAUGGCAAUUUAGAAAAAAAAUUGUUUUUGAUUAAAAAACGUUUUGCCGCUUUUUUUCUUUUAGCUGUAUUAAAAUUAAUUUAUUUCAAUUGCAAAAUUGGAAUUGAAAACCUUUUAUUGUGUCAUGAGUCACAUGACCAGCCUCCGGUUGUUUCUACUGGCAAAAACCACAAAGAAGAUGACGAGAGGAAGUGGUUGGAGGAUACUGAUUUUUAAUGUCUUAUCGUGUGAAUAUGCUUAUCCACGUAUGAUUUUUAUUUGCAUUUUUUUAACAGAAACACCGCAAUUACAAUUUGUUUUGACAUCAGCUGAAAAUGUAAA